AUGCUUUUCAACGUCAUCGUGACAAAUAAAGCAGUCACACAUAUUUAUCUAGUUCUUUCCUUCUUGUACUUUAUUUUAGCGAACAGAGCUUCCGCACAGAGAUAGAAGAACCCUCAAAUUGCUGUCUAUCCUCUCUGUAACAGGCCACUGAAUAUGUUCACCAUUCAGUAAUCACUGAGAUGGCCAAUGAAAGUGCAAAAGUACCCCUGCUGGCAGGCCUGAGAGACCCUUCAACUCCUAUAAAUCAAGUAGUUCCGCAAAGGAGGAGGUUCGGCCAUAGUAAAAGCCUCCCGUUAACAGAAUAUAUCCCUCCAGAAUUUGAAGACCAUAGCCAACUUGCCGGAUCUAAGUCCCUACGUGAUAACCUCCACCCAAAUUUGAAGAGAGUCCUCAUAUUCCUAGUCCUCUACUUGGCUGCAGGUACCAUUUGCUUCUACCUUGUUAGAGACCACAUCAAGGGAUUGAAAACAAAUGGAAUUCUUGAUUCUGUUUACUUCUGCAUUGUGACAAUGACCACCGUUGGAUAUGGAGAUCUUGUGCCUGAUAGUACACCUUCAAAAUUACUCGCUUGUGUGUUUGUCUUCUCUGGGAUGGCUUUAAUUUGUCUGGCUUUAAGCAGUGCAGCCGACUACUUAGUAGAGAAACAGGAAUUUUUGUUAGUUAGAGCAUUGCAUAUAAAUCAGAAGGUUGGCGAAUUGGACAUCCUGAAGGAGAUUGAAACCAACAGGGUGAGAUACAAGUGUUUUAUGGUACUGUCUGCUCUUGUGGUGCUUAUAGUUGCUGGGACUGCCUUUCUUGCCACAGUUGAGAAACUAGACCUUAUUGAUGCUUUUUAUUGUGUCUGUUCAACUAUUACAACACUAGGUUAUGGGGACAAGAGCUUUUCUACCGCAGCUGGGCGUAUUUUUGCAAUAUUUUGGAUAUUGACGAGUACUAUUUGCUUAGGUCAACUCUUCUUUUGUAUUGCCGAGGUAAACACUGAAAUCAGACAAAGGGCACUGGUCAAGUUGGUACUCGCAAAAAAGGUCACUAAUGUGGAUUUGGAGGCUGCUGAUAUUGAUGAUGAUGGAGUUGUUGGGGCUGCUGAAUUUAUAAUACAUAGGCUCAAAGAGAUGGGGAAAAUUUGCCAGGAAGACAUUACAGCAAUCAUGGAACAGUUUGAAGAUCUUGAUGUCGAUCAGUCUGGAACUUUGUCUCCCUCUGAUAUCUUGCUGGCUCAAUCAUCUUAUACAGGAAACUGACAGAUUUAGAGAAGAUGCUGCCGAUGCUAUACAGAAGGAAGUAACUAUAGAUGUGUGUUGUUGUAGAUAUCUUCAGUGUUUUACUUUCUGAGUUGGCUAAAUAAUCGGUCAAUCUAGACCAAGUUGUUGGGAAUGUUGGCUUUCAAAAGUCAUGCUUUUAGGAGGAUAUGAUGCAUCUGAGUAAUCUUAUAACCUUGUAUGCAUUUUUAUGGAUUAAUACAUACAUCAGGAUAUAAUAAGCA